UCAGCAGAGUUCAGGAUGACACUGCAGGGGUGGAGCUGGGAACAGUGGGAUGGGGAUGUUCCAGUUGGGUGUCCCUUGCCCAGGGUGACACCAGCCCUGAGGGAAUGUGGCUGCCUGAAGCCACACACAGUCCCUGGCACUGCUGCUCCUCGGGCAGGCGUGAGGGGGCUGAGCACGGAGAAGGCCGUCGCCUUCAGCCGGCGGCUGCGGGCCGAGCCGCAGUUCCUGCUGGCCCAGAACGUGGCGACAUGCAACGACCCGCUGGAGGUGUGCCUGCAGCGCCAGGUGGUGCAGGACACCGUGCAGGUGUUCCAGCACGCCGUGCCCGCCGAGGGCAAGCCCGUCACCAACCAGAAGAACUCCGGGAGAUGCUGGAUCUUUUCCUGUCUCAACGCGAUGCGUCUUCCUUUCAUGAAGAAAUACAACAUUGAAGAGUUUGAGUUCAGCCAGUCCUAUCUCUUUUUCUGGGAUAAGGUGGAGCGUUGUUACUACUUUCUAAAUGCUUUUGUGGAAACAGCCCAGAAAAAGGAGCCGGUGGAAGGAAGACUGGUCCAAUUCCUGCUGUCCAACCCCACCAAUGAUGGAGGACAGUGGGAUAUGCUGGUUAACAUUAUUGAAAAGUAUGGUGUUGUCCCCAAGAAAUACUUCCCGGAGUCUCACACCACAGAGGCUACUAGGAGGAUGAAUGAGAUCUUGAAUCAUAAGAUGAGGGAAUAUUGUUUGCGGUUAAGAAACAUGGUGGAAAGUGGAGGAAGCAAAGGAGAACUUUGUUCUGCCAUGGACAUGAUGAUAGAAGAGGUGUUCAGAAUAGUGAGUACUUGCCUGGGCAGCCCUCCGGAGACCUUCUGCUGGGAAUUCCGGGAUAAGGAGAAGAACUACCACAAGUACGGCCCCAUGACACCGGUGCAGUUCUACAACGAGCAUGUGAAGCCUUACUUCAACAUGGAGGACAAGAUUUGUCUAGUGAAUGAUCCUCGACCUCAGAAUCCCUACAACAGGCUGUACACAGUGGAGUACCUGGGCAACAUGGCUGGGGGCAGGAAAACACUCUACAACAACCAGCCCGUGGAGGUCCUGAAGAAAUUGGCUGCAGCAUCUAUUAAGGAUGGAGAGGCUGUGUGGUUUGGCUGCGACGUGGCAAAGCACUUCUAUGGCAAGCUGGGAAUCAAUGACCUGAAUAUAUUUAAUCAUGAGCUGGUGUUCGGUGUCUCCAUCAAGAACAUGAACAAAGCAGAGCGACUGAUCUUUGGAGAGUCCCUGAUGACCCAUGCCAUGGUCCUGACAGCUGUCACUGAGAAGGAUGGGCAAGAAGAUGCAUUUGAGAAAUGGAGAGUGGAAAACUCCUGGGGUGAAGACCGUGGCAAUAAAGGUUACCUGAUCAUGACGGACGACUGGUUCUCCGAGUACGUGUACGAGGUGGUGGUGGACAAGAAGCACGUGCCAGAGGAAAUCCUGGCAGUGAUGCAGCAGGAGCCGAUUGUCCUGCCAGCCUGGGACCCCAUGGGGGCUUUAGCCAAGUGAACUCCAGAGCAUUUGCCUCUCCAUGGUCAUCAGAAGUAGAUGCAAUAGAGAAUUCCAGUGGUCGGAAGCCAUAGCCAAAUGAUGACGUGACCAAGCACUCGGCCUGGUCCGUAUUCCUGAAAUUAAGUUAAGGAUCCUUGGGAAAUAGCGCUUUACUGCCUCGGCUGAUCAAAGCUCUCAGACUGGCUACUCCAAAACUCAAAAGGGAAAAGGAAAAAACUCCUCAUGAAAACACAUGACAAGUGCUGUCAAUGGCAGUUUGAUUUUACCUUAAAUUUUUAAUGCAAAUCAGAGUAGUAAUGUAGUGGAAUUAUCUUGACCAGUGUUUUCCCUAGAAAAAAUGGGCAUGAAAGGCCCUUUAAAAUUAAUAGCUAGAUGACAGAACAAACACAUUGAGAUACUUAAUUAACUAAUUAUGCUCUGACUUGUUCCAUAAAAGAAUGCCCCAAAAUAUUUUAUAUAUUUACAUUUUUAGUUUGGCUGAAGUUUUGGAGGGGGACGUAUGCAUUGAAACUGCUAAAAAUUACCUUUAGAAAACUUUUCUCUUCCUGCAGAAUUGGGGAGGGGGAACUGUUUCCUGGAGGUAUCCAGUUUCACUUGUUUUUAUUCUUCCAUUAUUGAGCUGGGACUGGAUAACCCACCCCAAGGCCCAGUGCUGUGUCUGUGCACAGGAGCGCUAUUUUUCACUUAUAUUAGCAAGAACAACCAUAAAUAUGUUCACAGGUGGAGUUAGUGUCAUGCUCAACAGAAAAACCAAUGUUUUAAUUGCUGCAUUUUAUUUGGUUGUUUUAAAAAACAAGAUGGUGCUAUGAAGCUUUUGAAUAAACACUUUCUAAAGUGA